CACGUCCCCACCCUUGUCGCCCUUUCGCUUCCGUCUCGUUUGGACCUCCAUCCGCGGCCGCCGCCGCCGCGCUGAGUUUGGGCCGGGCUCUGUUAAUCUGGGCGACUUUGAUUUUCUCUGCUCCCGCUGCCACGGCCGUCAGGAGUGAAGCGAUGCUGGAGAAAGACCGGAUAUCCUACUUCUACGACGGAGAUGUUGGCAAUGUCUACUUUGGGCCAAAUCACCCCAUGAAGCCACAUCGUCUCUGUAUGACACAUCACCUUGUUCUUUCAUAUGGACUUCAUCAAAAGAUGGAGAUAUAUAGACCACACAAAGCAUAUCCAAUAGAGCUUGCCCAAUUCCAUUCUGCUGAUUAUGUGGAAUUCUUGCACCGGAUAACUCCUGAUUCCCAGCACCUAUAUGCAAGUGAACUAACUAGAUGUAUGGAUGCUGGAGUUUUCUCUUUCCAAACUAUUCUUCAGGACUGCUAAUUUCACAAUGAAAUACAUGCCAUACAAUCUUGGAGAAGACUGUCCGGUCUUUGAUAAUUUGUUUGAGUUCUGCCAAAUCUAUGCGGGAGGAACUUUAGAUGCUGCUCGCAGAUUAAAUCAUAAAAUAUGUGACAUUGCCAUUAAUUGGGCUGGUGGGCUACAUCAUGCCAAAAAGUGUGAGGCUUCAGGCUUCUGUUACAUUAAUGAUCUAGUAUUAGGAAUUCUGGAGCUUCUCAAGUACCAUGCCAGGGUUCUUUAUAUUGACAUUGAUGUCCAUCAUGGAGAUGGAGUUGAAGAAGCCUUUUAUUUCACUGACAGGGUAAUGACUGUGAGUUUCCACAAGUAUGGUGACCUGUUCUUUCCUGGAACAGGUGAUAUUAAAGAUAUAGGAGAAAGGGAAGGAAAAUAUUAUGCCAUCAACAUUCCACUUAAAGAUGGGAUAGAUGACACUAGCUUUACUCGGCUUUUUAAAACAAUUAUUGCCAAAGUUGUUGAGACAUAUCUGCCUGGUGCUAUUGUUCUUCAAUGUGGGGCUGAUUCAUUGGCGAGGGAUCGUUUAGGCUGCUUCAAUCUCUCUAUUGAAGGUCAUGCUGAAUGUGUAAAGUUUGUCAAGAAAUUCAAUAUUCCCCUUCUGGUAACUGGAGGUGGUGGAUACACCAAGGAGAAUGUAGCACGGUGUUGGGCUGUUGAAACUGGGGUCCUUUUAGACACAGAACUCCCAAAUGAGAUUCCAAAAAAUGAAUAUAUUGAGUACUUUGCUCCAGAUUAUACAUUGAAAGUUCCAAAUUUGAACAUGGACAAUUUGAACAGUAAGACCUAUCUCAGUUCAAUCAAAGUGCAAGUGAUGGAGAGUUUGCGGUACAUACAGCAUGCUCCUGGUGUUCAAAUGCAAGAGGUUCCUCCCGAUUUUUAUAUCCCGGACUUUGAUGAAGAUGAAUUGGAUCCUGAUGAACGUGUUGACCAGCACACUCAAGACAAGCAGAUUCACCGUGAUGAUGAGUACUAUGAAGGUGACAAUGACAACGAUCACGACGACGGCACACGCUAAUCUGCUUCUUCUGAGGCCCUGGUGUAAAUGGAAACCUGAGAUUCUUCACUGUUGUGUGUAGUUCAGCAGCCUUGAGAUGUAAUAGUUUGUCAGUUGACAGCAGGGAUCUAAUUUAGCAGGUCAAAGUGGUUUAGACUUUUAUAAGGGAUUCUGACCCCUCCUGAAUUACACAUUGUAGUACAAGUCUGCAUAUUUUUAAGCAUGCAAAAAUUCAAAUUUCUCAGUGGUAUUAGUAUCUCAAGAAAAUACAAAUUCCUCGCUCA